AUCAAAAUAAUAACGAAAAUGAAGAAAAUGAAAAUGGGAGAACAAAAAGUAACCCACAUUGUGUGUCUGGUUCUGCCGCCAGGUCUGUUGGCCGGCAGUGGCGCGACCGAUGAGUUUCGAUGCGAGCCCUGCAACAAAAACCUGACCUCCCUAACGCGGUUGAAGCGGCACAUACAGAACGUACAUACGAGACCGAGCAAGGAGCCCAUCUGCAACAUCUGCAAGAGGGUUUACUCCAGCCUUAACAGUCUGCGAAACCAUAAGAGCAUCUACCACCGACAGCACAAUAAGAGCGAGCAACAACGCAAAGAGGACGAUCAGCAGCAUCAGCAACAGCAGCAGCAGCAGCACCAGCAACAACAACAACAACAACAACAACAACAACAACAACAACAACAACAACAACAACAACAACAACAACAA